CGCGCUUUUAUUCUGAAGUUGAACAAGCGGAAGUGGCGGCUAGGGUGUCGCUAGCUUCACACUUGUCUCCGGCUGCCUCAAAUCGAUAAGUGAUUGGCAUUCCUCACUGUCCAGAUUCUGUGCGUGUGGUCUCGUGCCAACAGAAGGGUGUCGCCAUGGCCUUGAAAAGGAGACGGGCAACAUCCCCCUCUAGCAGUGUGAGUGGCGGAGAUUUUGACAAUAGCCAAACUUCAACGUUAGUGUCUUCAAUUGGGAGAAAGAGGAGAAGGACCACACACAUACCAACUGUUGAUCCUAUCGCUGUAUGUCAUGAAUUGUACAACACAAUUAGAGAUUAUAAGGAUGACCAAGGCAGGAUGUUGUGUGAGCUGUUCAUCAGAGCUCCGAAACGAAGGAAUCAACCAGACUAUUAUCACGUGGUGUCUCAGCCUAUUGACAUGAUGAAGAUCCAGCAGAAAUUAAAAAUGGAAGAAUAUGAUGACGUUGAGCAACUCACCAGUGAUUUUCAGCUCUUGUUUAACAAUGCAAAAACAUAUUACAAGUGUGACAGUCCUGAGUACAGAGCAGCCUGUAAACUGUGGGACCUGUACCUUCGAACCAAAAAUGAAUUUGUUCAGCGAGGAGACUAUGAUGAGGAUGAUGAAGAUGGAUACGAUGCACAAGAAAACCCUGGGGCGUCCACCGAGGAUGAGAGUGUGCCUACCAGCUUGAAAGAGAUACUUGAGCAUCUGCUUGAUGCUGUGGUGUCUUACACUGAGCCUACUGGCCGCCUGGUUAGCGAACUAUUCCAGAAACUUCCAUCCAAAAUGCAAUACCCAGAUUAUUAUGCCAUUAUUAAGGAACCAAUUGAUCUGAAGAUCAUUGCUCAAAAGAUUCAGUUGGGGAACUACAGGACUGUUGGUGCCAUGGCUAAAGACAUAGAUAUGCUGGUCAAAAAUGCCAAAACAUAUAAUGAGCCUGGAUCACAAGUUUUCAAGGAUGCAAACACCAUUAAAAAGAUUUUUGCCCAGAAGAAGUCUGAGAUGGAGCACGGAGAACCAAUCAAGUCUAGCAUUCGUAUUAGGAAUAGAAGGUCUGCACAGGGCGACCGCCUGUCCGCUAUCACCAUGGCUCUACAGUAUGAGAGUGAUGAUGAGGGAAUACUCUCAGGGACCGUCCACUAUGAUGAGGGUGAAUCUGAAGCAGAGAGUAUGACCUCUAACAUAGACAUGAGCAACCCCAUCUUCCAGCUGUACGAAGCCGUGCGAGGUGCCAGGAACAGCCAAGGCCAGCUGAUCUCUGAGCCUUUCCUGCAGCUGCCCGCCAGGAAGGACUACCCCAACUACUACCACCAGAUCAGCCAACCCAUCUGCCUCCAUCAGAUCAAGAACAAGAUGAAGAGCAAUGAAUAUGAGAGCGUGGAACAUAUCAACUCUGAUCUGACGCUGAUGUUUGAAAAUGCCAAGCGUUACAAUGUUCCCCACUCCUCUAUCUAUAAGCGUGCGCUGAAGCUCCAACACAUUCAGCAGAUGAAGAGAAGGGAGCUUUUACAGAGAGAUGAUGAUGAUGGAGACAGCAUGCUCUCCUCUGCCACAUCUGACACCAGUAGCACAAAACGAAAAAGUCACAAAAAGAACACAAAGAAAAACCGAAUGAAAAUGCUCCUGGCUGCUGUGACUGAGGCGCGUGAAGCUGGCACUGGUCGACGCCUGUGCGACCUUUUUAUGGUCAAGCCCUCGAAGAAAGAUUACCCAGAUUACUACAAGGUCAUUCUGGAGCCAAUGGACCUGAGGACCAUUGAGCACAACAUCCGCUCAGACAAAUACAUGACUGAAGAGCCAAUGGUAGAAGAUAUGAAGCUGAUGUUCAGGAAUGCUCGACACUACAAUGAGGAAGGCUCCCAGGUCUACAAUGAUGCUGACGUCCUAGAGAAGAUUUUGAAAGACAAACGCAAGGAACUUGGGCCAGUGACUGAUGAGGAUGACAAAAUGUCGCCAAAGCUGAAAAUAAGAAAGAGCAGUAUUACUCUAAAGAAAUCCAAGUAUCUUACGCCUCUGCAGCAGAAGCUGAAUGAACUUUAUGAGGCUGUCAAGAACUACACAGACAAGCGGGGCCGUCGUCUCAGCACCAUCUUUUUACGACUGCCUUCUCGUGCUGAGCUGCCUGAUUAUUACAUUGCCAUCAAGAAACCAGUAGACAUGGAGAAGAUCAAGAGCCACAUGAUAGCCAAUAAAUACCAAGAUGUGGAUGCACUGGUGGAGGACUUGGUGCUCAUGUUCAACAAUGCCUGUACUUACAACGAACCGGAGUCUCUGAUUUACCGCGACGCCUUGAUGCUCCACAGGGUGCUGUUGGAGACAAGGCGUGACUUGGAGGGAGGUGAGGAUGCCCACGUGCCUGAUGUUCCUCGCCUCAUACAAGAACUCAUCUGCAGCCUGUUUGUGUCUGUGCUCGGCCACCAAGACGACGAGGGCCGUUGCUACAGCGACUCACUUGCCGAGAUUCCUGCCUUAGAUCCUGGAAAUCCUGAGAAGCCGCGGCUCAAUUUUGAGAUAAUCCGGACAAACGUAGAACGGGCAAAUUAUAAAAGGUUGGAUGUAUUUCAGGACCAUAUGUUUGAAGUGCUGGAAAAGGCUAGACGAUUGAAUAGGACGGACUCUGAGAUCUUUGAGGAUGCUGUGGAGCUGCAGCAGUUCUUUAUCCGGAUCAGAGACGAGCUGUGUAAGAAUGGAGAGAUCUUGAUGUCUCCAGCUCUCAGCUAUUCCUCCAAACAUUUGCACAGUGAUGUGGAAAAGGAGAAGAAAGAGAAGCUACCAAAGGAGUUCGAGGAGGAUAAAAUAAAGAGGGAAGAAGAGAAACAGGAAGCUGAGAAGAGAGAGGAUUCCAUUGGAGGAUUGUGGCAGUCCAACCUGCAGCGCACAUACAGUCAGGACUGCAGUUUCAAGGACAGCAUGUAUCAUGUAGGAGAUUAUGUGUAUGUAGAACCUGCAGAGCCCAACCUCCAGCCUCAUAUCAUCUACAUCGAGCGCCUUUGGCAGGAUGAUACUGGUGAGAAGUGGCUGUAUGGCUGCUGGUUUUACAGGCCAAAUGAAACAUUUCAUCUCGCCACGAGAAAGUUCCUGGAGAAAGAAGUUUUUAAGAGUGACUACUACAAUAAAGCUCCCAUCAGCAAGAUUCUGGGUAAAUGUGUGGUCAUGUUUGUGAAGGAAUACUUCAAACUUCACCCAGAAGGCUUCAGACCAGAGGAUGUCUACGUCUGUGAAUCGCGUUACUCUGCCAAGUCCAAGUCCUUUAAGAAGAUCAAGUUGUGGGCCAUGCCCUUGAGCUCAGUGCGGUUUGUACCCAGAGAGGUCCCCCUACCUGUGGUCCGAGUGGCAUCAAUGUUUGCCCCCAAGCAAGAAGAAAAACCAGCAGAGGUUCCUGAUGAAAGCAAACUGACUGAUAGUAUUGUAGACAAGGAAAGAGAGGAUGUUCCAAUUGAAAUGGCUAAUGGGGAACCAGGGUGCCAAUACUACGAACAGCUCUGCUACAACAACAUGUGGCUCAAAGUUGGAGACUGUGUCUACAUUGGUUCUCAUGGUCUAGUUCGUCACAGAGUGGGCAGGAUUGAGAAAAUGUGGAUGCGAGACGGGGCAGGCUACUUCUUUGGUCCCAUCUUCAUCCAUCCAGAGGAAACGGAACAUGAGCCUACAAAGAUGUUCUACAAGAAGGAAGUUUUCCUGAGCAACCUGGAGGAGACGUGUCCCAUGAUCUGCAUAAUAGGAAAAUGCAUAGUGUCCUCCUUCAAAGAGUAUUUGUCAUGUCGACCAGCGGAAGUGCCUGAAGAUAAUGUUCUACUUUGUGAGAGUCGUUACAUUGAAAGUGAGAAACUGAUGAAAAAGUUCAAAGGUCUUAAGCGCUUUUCACUCUCUGGAAAAGUUGUGGAGGAUGAAAUCUACUACUUUAGAAAACUCAUAGUGCCCCAGAAGGAACCAUCACCACUGCUGAACAAAAAAAUUGAAGAAUUGGAAGCUAAGUUUGCAGACAUGACUGAUGAGGAGCUGGAGGAUCUUGGGGAUGAUGAUGGCGAACUGGGGGACCAUUCUCUUCCUCAGAUGCAGUCUUCCAUGUCUGGCGAUAUGGAUAUGAUGUCUUAUACUCCUCCACAGUCCACACCCAAAUCUAUGAAGGGCCUGUCAAAGAAGGAGGGCUCAAAACGAAAGAUCAACAUGAGCGGCUACAUUCUGUUUAGCAGUGAAAUGAGAGCAGUCAUCAAAGCCCAGCAUCCUGAUUUCUCCUUUGGGGAGCUGAGCCGCCUUGUCGGCACAGAGUGGAGGAACCUGGAGAGUUCCCGGAAAGCAGAGUAUGAAGAACGAGCAGCCAAAGUAGCGGAGCAGCAGGAGCGAGACCGGGCCCAUCAUCAGAUGUCCCCUAGAGCAGGUACCCCAGUAGGGGCACUGAUGGGGGUGGUACCUCCUCCAACCCCCAUGGGAAUGCUAAAUCCCAGCAUGACGCCUGUGUCAGAAGGUGUGAUGGGUGCAUAUAGGUCAGCUUUGAUUGAAGGCAUGGUUAGUAUUCCUGGCAUAUCACCACUUCACAUAGGGCUGCCUGUCUUUCCCCAACAUCUCCUGCCUGUUAUACCUGGGUUCCUUGGAAUGCCGUACUUUGGUGUCAAUGGCAUGGGAGGUGGACCUGGAGCAGGAAACAUUCAUGGGUCCCAGAUGGGUGUUAUGGGCCCGGGGCAGCAAGCUCCACCACCAUAUCCAGGACAAGGCCAGCUGGGACAACCUGCACUCCUGCAGCCCUCAACCCCAGUGUUUGUGUCUCCGCCGGCCAGGUCUCACCGGCUGCUCCACUCUGAGGCCUACCUCAGAUACAUUGAGGGCCUUUCUGCAGAAUCCUCUACCAUUAGCAAGUGGGACCAAGCCCUCUCAGUGCAAAAACAUGAUGUGCGCCUAACAAAAGAACAGGAGAGCAGACUGCCAUCCCACUGGCUGAAGAGUAAAGGAGCCCACAAAACAAUGGCAGAUGCACUUUGGCGACUGCGUGACCUGAUGCUGCGAGACACCUUAAACAUCCGUCAGAUGCACAACUUGUAGCGUGCUGAUAUUCUGAGCCUCUGCUCCCAAACCUGUGAGACAGGAAGAGGGUCAAGCUCACUAAAAUAAUUUACUUUGUGUUAUUUAAAAACGUGUUUGUGUUGAUAUGGUCUGCUUUCUAUGUUGAAGCUGCUUUUGUUUUGCAUUUCAGAAAUACUGUUCAAGUGCAUCGUAGUUAGAACCGUCGUUCUGUGAUGAAUGCCUUCAUACUUUCGCCAUUAAAAUGUGAACAGGUUAAA